UCGAUCAGAUCCAGUAGCUCUUCUCCCCUCCCCCGUGAAGCUGCAGCUAUUUGAUUCCUCCCUACGUCUGCAACAUAGACCACUUGGUUUAACGGUUCAGACCGGUUUCUCAAUGUCGGUACGAUGUAACUCGAAAACGCAAAUUCAAAUUCCGUCUCCUACUAGUGCGGAUUAUGCGUCUCGAUCCUUCUUCUCCUUCCGUUGGAACUCAAAGAGCAGCGAUGACUCUGCCGUCUGUUCACUCCCGCGGAAAGCGCGAGAAGAUCGGAGUAUUCGAUUACACUGACGAGGACGAGCACGUUGAAGAGAUGUCGAAGAAACUCCUCCGAAAGUUCGAUUCCCCUGGAACUACUAGUAAACCUCCCCGCGCUCUCGAUAAGUACGACUUCCUUCGUUUCUUUUCAGUCACGCAGGGCACGCAAGGCGAGAGCAAAGCACUGAACCACCACAGAGUUAUUGAUGUUGAAGUCCCAGCAAAAGAAGAGCGGUUAAGGUGUGAACCCAGCGGAUAUUAUAAAACUUGGGACCUGAUUGAUGUAACAUCCGAUGACUCCCAUGGAAGGAUUGGAGUUAAUUCGUCAUCGUCAUCGGAAAAUGAUGAUGCCUCAGAAGGAGAAGAAGCCACAAGUAUUACUUCUGGUUCACGUGAAGUUGAUUCCGAGAAUUCACACGUUCUCAUAAUCCCUGAUCUUAUUAUCUAUGGAGAUAUAUACUGUACUAACUCGAAGCUGACAUUUUCACGCAACUGUAUGAGUGUUGAAAGUUCAUCGGUGAAUGCAACUAAAGGGACAUUUAGUUGUAAGUGGGCAAUAGAAGAUAUCGUCAGAAUUGAGUCUCAGUGGUGUUCAGAGGUUGAGACUGCCGUGGUAAACGUCCUUCUGAAGUCCAGGGACCCUAACGAAGUUGACAAUGCGAAAGAGAUUUCAGGCAUCGAUCUCCUAAAGUUUUCCGUUUAUGACGCUAAAUCGUUUAAAGAAGUAGAAACCAUCAAAUUGUUGGACUCGAGAUACAAGGAUAUAUGGUUUGAUACCAUAACAGAAAGCGAGGAAAGUGCUUGUAGUGGACACAAUUUGGAAACAUCACUCACCAAUCUAGCUGGUUCAUUUGAAGAUCUAGUUUACCCUCAAGGAGAACCAGAUGCUGUAGUAGUGCGGAAGCAAGACAUAGAGCUUCUGAAGCCAAGACGUUUCAUUAACGAUACAAUCAUUGAUUUUUAUAUCAAGUACCUUAAGAGUCGGAUUCCACCAGAGGAACGGGGCAGAUUCCACUUUUUCAAUUGUUUCUUUUUCCGUAAGCUAGCUAACUUAGACAAAGGUUCACCUAGCUCGUUUGGAGGAAAGGAAGCAUACCAACGUGUGCAGAAGUGGACUAAGAAUGUGGAACUCUUCGAAAAAGAUUAUAUAUUUAUUCCUAUAAAUUUCAGUUUUCACUGGAGUCUGAUUAUCAUCUGUCAUCCAGGUGAAUUGGUUCCUUCUUCUGUCGAAAACGCAUCAAGGGUUCCAUGCAUCUUGCAUCUGGACUCAAUUAAAGGAAGCCACAAGGGUGGUCUCGUCAACAUUUUUCCGAGUUACCUACGUGAAGAGUGGAAAGCGAGGCAAGGAAACACAAAAACUGAUUUAUCAAGAGCAUCAAAUAUGCAGCUCAUUUCACUCGAGCUCCCGCAACAAGAGAAUUCGUUUGAUUGUGGCCUCUUUUUGCUCCACUAUUUGGAACUUUUUGUGACACGAGCUCCUGCUAAAUUCAAUCCUUCUCUUAUCACAAGAUCGGGAAAAUUUCUAACUAGGAAAUGGUUUCCUGCCAAAGAAGCUUCACUUAAGCGUGGAUACAUCUUAGAGUUGCUUUACAAUCUCCACAAAGGUCAUGAUCCAAGUAUUCUUCCAGCUAAUUCCAAUAGCAAACCACCUCAUUUCCGAGUUUCCAACAAGAAUGACGAAGAAAACGAAAGCAAGAAUGUGACUGAGACCUGUAAUUGGAGAAAACCAUUUGAUGGUGGUUCCUCAUCAAUCGUCACAUACAUUCCUCAAACAAAGACUUGCUUGCCAGAUCAGAUUCUCAGCAAAGAAGUUUUUUACGCGGGAGGUUAUGACCUCCCUGAGGCUUCCAAGCGCCGAAAGUCCUUUAUGUCGCCUAUAGUGGAAGAAGUUCAAGAAAGUGGUGAGAAAGAAGAAAUCCAUUUGCCAAUGGACACAGAGGAAUCUAUCUGUCAAGAGAUGGAAACAUUACGAAAAGAGGAAUGCAUGCUUUAUAUUGAGGACACUGAUGAUGAUGAAGCUGUUUCAGUAGAAUACGUCCCUGAUUCCCAGGAUUCAUAUGAAGUUGAGAUGAAAGAAGACGAAGAAGAAGAUGAUGAAUUGAUUCUAUUUACUGGAGCAUCCAAAGAGAUUCACAAAACCAGAGAAACCAAAUCUGCUUCAGCAUUGAUCGAAAAAGGAGUCUACAAGAGUAAGAGUAGAGCUUUAGCUGCUCGUUCUUGCUGUAACAACAUUCUUCUUGUGUUGUCUGAUGAUGAGGGAAGCUCUGCCGGAAGUUACGAACUUCAGAACAAAGAAAACAUCUCUAGUUCAAGUUGUAAUGUGAUGGCCAAGAGGCCAAAGACUUGAAAGAAGAAUAUCACCAAAUCUCAUGGGGAUACUUUUGCGCUCUAGAGUUGUUGCGUUGACAAUGCUAUUUAAACUCAUCCAUGUAUAUAAGUAAUAAUCUACGUCAAAAUUCAUAUUCAAUACUGCUCGUCUCUUACAUGUUAAGUAUCAAAGGUUCGUUUUUCAACAGACAGAAAAAAAGAAGCAGAUUUUAUCAAAGUGGGAGGGAUGCAGAAACAGAGAGCUCACACAAUUCUUUACUACAAAAAGAAAAAAAAAAAGAAGAAGAAA